AUGAAUGUCGAAAAUAUUACAAGGGAGGAUGUGGCUAGUCAUCUCCAGAAGUAUAGGCUUUAUCUGAAAAGAAUUAGCUGUAUUGCAAACCAAGAAGCUAGUAUAGUGCCAACCUUGGAUACAGGUGAAGCUUGA